AUGCAGCCCCUCUCGGCCGCCCAGCGCAUCCAGCAGGCGCACGAGGCAGCACAGCACACCCCUGCGUCCGACAGCACCCACGUCCUCACCGAAGACCCGUUCCCGCCGUUCGGGUUCGUCGCCCACGACCCCUUCCCUCCCGCCAACCUCGCGCCGCCCGUCCCCGCCCCUGACGCGCCCCAGAAGACCGCCAAGUCUUCGCAGGUCGACGUCUCGGACGAGUCGGCUUUCCCCUCGCUCGGCGCGCCCGUCGCCAACGGAAAGUCCAAGGCUCCCUCGUCGCUGUGGGGCUCUGGCGCCGCCGCUCUCCGCGCCAAACAGGCUCCCGCCGCCGCCGCAGACGGGACGAGGGACCUCUCUCCCGCUCCGAGCGCGAGCACGCGCUCGUCCACCCCCGCUGCCGCCGCCGGGGUCUCGUCGACGACGCUGCAGAUCCCCACCGCAUCCAUCUCGAUCUCCCCGCCCGCUUCGUACGCGCACAAAGGACCGCGCGGCUUCUCCAACGAGCGGCGCGAGGUGCCCACCACCCUCGGUGAGGUGAUCAAGGAAGUGCAGCGCCGGAUCGAGGGCGUCGCGAUCGAUGCGAGCUCGAGUCGCAACCUCACGACGUUCAUCGUCAAGGCCAAGGGAGCCAAGGCGGAGGAGAAGGUCGACAAGGCGAGGAACGAGCUGCUCGCGUGGCUGGAGAAGAAGGUUACGGAGGAGGUCCAGGUGCCCAAGUCGCUCAGGGCCGUCAUCAUCGGCGCAAAGGGCCGUACUCUCAAGACCAUCACCGACUCGACCGGCGCCUCCGUCCAAAUCCCCCGCGACGACGAGCUCGACUCCGCCCCUACCGACUCCACCCCCGCCGACUCGAACGACGGUCCCCUAAUCUCCAUCUCCCUCUCAGGCCCGCAAUCCGCCGUCGACUCGGCGCGCGCUCAAAUCCUCGCCAUCGUGCGCGAACGGACUUCAAAGACUUCCACCCGCUUGCCGGAUAUCCCGAGCGAGUUUUGGGCUCUGCUUGGAGCGAGGGUCGAGAGUGUCCUCGAGCGUGCGGGAGUGAGCAAGGACGAGGUGAGGGUUGAUGUGCCCCGUAGGUGGGUCGGGAGGAGGGGCGUGGAUGUUAUCAAUGAGAGUGGGGAGGAGGCCGUCGCGGACGAGAAGAAGGAGAAGGAGAGGGCGAUUGUUGUGAGUGGGGACAAGGAGGCGGUCAAGAAGGCUGUGGCAGAGCUCGAGGCAGAGCUCGCUGAGCUUCGCGCAACGGUCCGACCGGUCACCUUCCCCCUCCCGAAGCGCCAGCACCGCUUCCUCGUCGGCUCCGCCAUCGCCGACCAGAUCCUCCACCAAACCGGCUGCGCCGUCGAAGUCCCCUCCGCCGAGUCCCCCUCAGAAGUCGUCGUCGUCCGCGGCCCGGCGCGCGAGACAGUCAAAGCCAUGCAGCUCGUGAUGGAUGUCGCGUCCGCCACACCAGUCGAGACGCUCGACCUCUUUACCGCCCACCGCGGGGCGCACGAUCCCCGCACCUACGCGGCCCAGCUCGCGAGGUUCCUCAUCGUCAAGAGCCGGUUGAGGCCGAUCGCCCUCGCGUCCGGAACGCAGAUCUACCUUCCUCGCCUCGAGGCGAUCCCCGCCUCGCAAAACGCCUGGCUCGAGAUUGUCGGCUCGUCGGGCGAGUCGGGCACGGGCGUUGCAGGCGUCGCACAGGCUCGUCAGGCUGUCAUCAGCGAAGUCCGCAAGCUCCCGCCCGGCGUCUUCGACGUCGUCCGCGUCGAGCCGCUCGUUCACCGCCAUUUGAUCGGGAAGAAGGGCGCCAAGGUCCGCCAGUUCGAGAAGGACCACUCGGUCGAGGUUGUCUUCCCUCCCUCUGAGCAGGGCAGGGACGACGUCCUCCUCGUCUACACGGGCGAGCAUUACGCCGGCCCUGAAGCCAAGCAGGCGCUCGAGCAGGUCAAGCAGGCUAUCGAGGCGCUCGCAGGCGAGUUUGCCGACUUGACGAGCACGUCGAUCGAGAUUCCCGCUGCUUUGCACGGCGCCGUCAUUGGACAGGGAGGAACGACGCUCAAUGCGGUCAUUGGGGAGGACAAGCUCGUGCAUGUGCAGUUUGGUGCGGCCGGAGCGAAGGAGGAUGAGGUGACGAUCCGCGGACCGAAGGACGAGGUCGAGCGCGUCAAGAAGGAGCUGCAGCGGAUCGCGGAGGAUGCCAAGAACGAGGAGAUUGUCAACUCGCAUGUCAUCGAGUUCGAGAUCCCCUCAGAGCACGUUCGACACAUCGUCGGCAAGGCUGGCUCGGGCGUCAACAAGCUCCGCGAGGAGCUCGGCGUCCGCGUCGACUUUGGCGACCAGGCCGGCGCAGCGAAGAAGGGCUCGACGAGCAAGGUUACCGUCAAGGGUCGCAAGGAGAACGCCGAGGAGGCCCGCAAGCGCAUCAAAUCGCUGGUCACCCGGAUGGCCGACGAAGUUACCCUCACGAUUCCCCUUCCCGCCUCGCUCGACCGCGGAUCGCUCAUCGGCAAGCAGGGCAUGUACCUCAAGCGGUUGCAGGAGAAGUACGACUGCGUCAUCAACUUCCCCAAGGACGGCCGGCGCGGCGACUCGACCGACUCGGCGCCCUCGACGCCCUCGUCGUCCGAGAUCACCAUCCGCGGUCCGUCGAAGGGCGCCAAGGCGGCGCAGGGCGAACUCGUUGCCUUGAUCGAGUACGAGAAGGAGCACGGCAACACUGUCUCGUUCGAGGUGCCCGUCAAGGCUCUCCCGCGCAUCCUCGGUCGUGGCGGCUCGCAGGUCAACCAGAUCAAGGACGAGACCGGCGUCGCCUCGCUCGACAUUGACCAGGAGGACAAGGAGGCUACGUCGGCGACCAUCACGCUUCGCGGUACCAAGUCGUCCAUCAAGAAGGCUCGCGAGGCGAUCGACAAGAUUGCAAAGGAGGUCCAGGACGAGCUCCGCAUCGAGAUCGAUAUUCCUCGGGAGUAUCACACCACCCUCAUCGGCUCGGGCGGAUCCAGUAUCCGCGACUUGAUUGCUCGUUGCGGCGGACCUACCGAUGCUCGUGCGUCCGGCAACACCGUCCGCUUCCCCCGCCAGGGCGACGCCAAGGACACCGUCGUCAUCACCGCUCCCACCUCGGUCGCCAACAAGAUCAAGGCCGCCCUCGAGUCCGAAGUCGCCUCGCUAGCCUCCCGCGUCGUCUGGGGUGUUGUCGUCCCGAGCGCGAACCACGCGACCGUCAUCGGCCGUGGCGCGCAGGCUCUCCAGGAGCUCCAGCGCAAGCACGGCGUCAAGGUUGUGAUGCCUGGGUGGAAGGACUACGCUGAGGCUGGGGAGCCGGAGAACCAGGACGAGCUCGCCGACGCGAACGAGCGCGACAUCGUCAAGGUUGUCGGCCCCAAGGAGGCUGCGCUCGCGGCCGCUACCGACUUGCAGGCUGUCAAGGGUCGCGGUGCAGGCGCCGCUCCCGGCUCGAGCACGCCCAGCGGUCACUCGGUCGAGGUUCUCGUCCCGAAGAAGCUGCACGCGCAGGUCGCGCAAGGCGGCCGCUUCUUCCGCUCGCUCCCGUCCGGCACCCGUGUCUCGCACCGCGGUGUCAAGCCGCCCUCGUCGACGCUCAAGGCAAAGAAGCCUCCGGUACCCGCCUCGAACGGCACCGCCCCUGCCGCCCGCAUCGACGACGACGCCGACGCUUCGAACGGUGUCGAGGAGGAGGCCGGCAUCGACUUCCAGCUCGUCUCGUUGCACGACGAGGGCGACGCGAACGGAGCCGACGCUGACGAGACCAUCCCCUGGGUCGUCGAGAGUCGUUCUGCCGAGGACGCCGAGCAAGUUGCGGAGGACAUCCGCAAGAACCUCGCCCGCGCGCAGCAGGCGUCGCACGUCGGCUGGGUCACCGUCCCGCGUGGCUUGAUGCCUCGCAUCGUCGGACGCGGCGGAGCUGGUCUCGACCGCCUCCGCGCGACGGGCGUCGAGGUCGACGUCGUCGGCAAGCGCGAUGCGAACCAGCUCACGCUCACCGGCUCGCCGAGCGCCAUCGACUCUGCCUACGACAUCAUCCGCGAGCUCAACGCCCCUCGCCCGCCCCGCGGUCGUCGCAACCAGGAGUACGACGACUACUAG